AUGCAGGUAGUUCUUGAUACCGCCGACAAACUGAAGAAAGGCGGAAAGGGGUUAAAGAAAAUGGUUAAGAAGGCUGGUGCUUCUGAAGACGUUCAUAUUGAAACAACUCAACCAAUUCGUAAUCAGGAGGAAAUCUCGGUUAGUAAUGAAGAGGCAGAGACAGUUCACCAUCAAGAGCUUCCAGUUCAUAAUGAAGAAUAUACUACGAAUCAAAAGGUACAUCAAUAUGUUCAUGACUCAAUUCCUUCUCCUCCUCUCUCUCCAACAACAAAAUCAUGCAUUCCCAUUACUAUUUCUCUUUGUCCACCACCUAUUAUUUCCUCUCAACCUACAUCAGUUCCCAUUUCAACACCAAUCUUAACCACUUCAACUACCGAUCCCAUUUCUUCAACGGUUCCCGAUGUUACGAUCAACGUAUCUGAUACGGGAGCCAUAACUUCAGUGUUCACUACCUCUGUUUCUUUAUCAAUUUAUUGUGUUCGUACUAACGAUCCGGAUAUGAAUUUUGAUGAUGGUGAUGAAGAUGAUCUAGGCGGAUUCACUUAUAGUCCGUUCCAGAUUCAAACUGACAGUGAAGAUGAAGCCCAGUUAUGA